AUGAAGAAACCAACGGAGCCUCUCGUGGUUGCUGUGAUAGAUCCGGUGGAUGUCACGUCCGGUUCGCCCUCUGUGACUAUCACUAACAACGGGAAUGCUCCCAAUACAGAUGCCACUAACCCAACAGGCUAUGUAAGUCGAAGCCUUCCAACCCUGAAUGAGUGUUUGGCCGAAAUCAACGUUCUCCCGAAUACGUCAAUCUUCUAUUCAGGACCCGGAUAUCAUUUAAAGGUAGCGGAGGCUGUAGAGAAUCGUAGCUAUCUAAAGGGGUAUCGACCAUUAACAGGUUUGUGGCGGGAUCCCACUUGGCCUGACUCCUGGCAAUUCCACCCAGAAAAGACAGAGCAGAAGAAGUUUUGGGAAGUGUGCUCGCAGGCGCUAGCACUAGCCACAAAAGGUACAGCUUAUGUGAUGCUUCCAAGGGGAAAGGGCACGGAAUGGAAGAAAGGCUCGAUAUGGGAUAGGAUGGAGUGGCCGAACCUUGCCCCUGGCGUUAGGGUCAUUCGUAUUGACCCUGAUGACCCGGAGUACCAGGAGGUCAUCAAGGAAGGAGACUGUCUCGUAGAAUGA